CGCAUAUCGCUGGUGGACAGGGAGGUGGACAUCGAUGCACACAAUGUGGACCUGUUUUGGAAAGGGAGGCGAGUGUUGGACAGCACAAGAGUCGGGCAAAUGUUUGCCAACGAGUCUGAAGUGGAGCUGAGACCACGAAAAGGCAUCACCAAUGGGAUCAACUCUGGAGCCAACACUUCCACCGCUAUUGCCAGUACUUCCACUAAUAGAGCGAGAAGUAGUCGAAGACUUGCUUCGCCCAUAAAGUUGGAACCAAUGGAUGUCAUAACCAUUGAUGACAAUCAGGACAUCGGAGUGACUGCCAGAUAUAGCCGCAAACCGUCCGCAUCCCUGUCCACCGAUAGCACCAAUAGUUCGGGCGCCGGUGUGUCCACACAAUCAUCAGCACCGGCAGAGAUCGCAUCGACAUCAGCGGCAGCACCGGUAACACCAGCGGCUACUGAUAGUUCGGACACUGAUAUGGCCACCACUUCCACAUCAUCAUCAGCAGCACCGGUAGCCACGGAGGCCACCACUGAUCAAAUCGACAGUGAGAUGGCGGACAGCGCCGGUAGCUCUGUGGCCGUAGAGCUCUAUCAGUGUACUAUCAAAGGAUGCGAUUACAAGACCACAAACAAAGGUGUGCUGACCCGUCAUCGCCGGUACGGACACACGACUGGCGGUCAACUGAAGUGCUCGCAGUUCGACACCUGUCGACAAGUGUUCACCACUCGGCCUAAAAUGAUUGCCCACCAGAAGCGUAUGCAUCCCGAGCUGUUCCCAGACCUGCCAUUCAUGACCUGUUCGGCCACAGACUGCCACUUUAAGACCAAAAGUGCGCCACAGAUGACCGAACACACGAAAUCAAGGGUGAGCGCCAGCACCGGUAGUCCAACAUCUGGACAGCAAUUCAAGUGCAAUGUAAAGGGCUGUCCAUUCAAGACACCCCACAAGAGCGCACUGACCCGUCACCGGCGCUAUGGACACAAGCAUACCGGCGCCGAACUCAAGUGCCCGGAGUUCAACACAUGUCGCCAAGUGUUCAAAAACAGGUCCCAAAUGAUGGCACACCAGAAGCGUAUGCAUCCGGAACUACUGCCAGACCUACCAUUCAUGACCUGCGGGAUCAGUCGCUGCGCCUUCAAGACUAAGAGUAAUCCUAAGAUGACUUACCAUAAAAAGAUUCAUCACCCCUGA